UCGACACCCGCUCUAGAUAUUUUUAUUUUGUUUUAACGGUUUGUCCCGAUUUUUUCGUACACCACCAUGAGAUUGAUAGUAGUACAGUUAUUAGCAUUACUGAUAAUUCCGUUGAUGUUUGAAGUGGCUGUGAACUCGAUCCUUGACGAGGAGGUGAUGGAAGUUCCCCCGGGUAUCCAAGGAAAAUGUCCGGGGCAGAGUGGAUACUCGCAGUAUAAUCAAGUUACUGUUAUGAAAUCGAUACGUCACUGGUUAGUGGUUGUGCCUAUAUUCAAUUCAAUAUUGUUAACAGCAAGAGACAAUCAUUUAGCUUGUGGCUCAGCAAUUUACCACGCACCGGGAUACGUUGCCGUGAGCAUAACUAUACAGAUAUGGAACUUUACCAUUUUAACUGUGUGUUAAAACCACUUUCGCCAGUCAGAUGACACCGUCAAGGGACGUGUUUACGUAAGGCUAUACGGCCCAGCCACCAAAACUAUUGGCAAAAUAAAUGUCAAAUGUGCCGUAAGUAUCUAAUGUACUUAUAUUAUUACGCCAACAAUUGAUUUUACCCGCUGGUUGAUCUGAAAAAAUAUUUUAAUUUGUUAUUAAAUUAACUUCAGAUCAGUCAUUCCAUUUUUUCAAUUUCGUGGAAUCUAUUUAAACAUGUUUUCAAAUGUAUUACUACAUUACUAUUACUAUAAUACCUAGAAUACUUACUCUAUCUCAAAAAGAAUGACCUCAGGCCACGAGCUUCAGUGCAAAGUGAUGACCAAUGGUUGUAGUUUACCCGCAUCAAGUGUCUCACUGUCGGGAGUGUUUAUUUUUAAUUCUAACAACCACCCCGCAAGCAUUUUGUUAAGAUUAACGUGAUAAAGUAAUUUUACGUCCGUGGUUGCUUCCUGAAAAUUAAUCUGAUAACAAAAACUUUAUUUAUUGGUAUGAUCUGCUCGAACAGGUAUAAAAUGAAUCGCCAGUUAGCUUAUUUAAUAAUUUA